AUGCGCCGACAUGGUAUGGAGUACAAGGUUCGAUGGCGUGGAUGGUCGGAGCAAUUCGAUGAAUGGCUUCCCGAUAGCAAAAUGGAUUGUCCAGAUGCCAUACAGGCAUACUGGGAUAGUCAGAAACAUCAGAAACAGGACGAGAAAACGCCUGAUGGAAAGAAACGAGAGCAUCGCUCAACAAGUAGCAAUAGAUCAGUCACAAAAAAGAGUCCUCCCCCAAAGAAAACGCGUACAAGCGAAUCUGAGACUGGUACUAGUGCUGAUACCGCAACAUCUAGUAAGAAGGGCUCAAGUGUGAAGAAAACUCGUACAAGCGAAUCUGAGACAAGCUCUAAUGCUGAUGCUGAUCGAGUAGUUCCAAAUGCUGAAACCACUGCUGAUACUACUCCUAGGACACGAGCAAGCAGAAGAAGUGUUGAAAAAGAGAAGCCGAUUCCUAAACCACCAGCUCUACCCAAACGCAAGUCUUUUGCGAGCACUGCUUCUCUAGCGAGUCCUGCCGGCUCGACACCAGCAAGUCCAAAGUUUCCCGUGAUCAAAACAGCUGCAGGCACGGAUGAAAAUCGUGUAUCUCAUGUGGAGAUCAGCCAACCGAAAUCCACAACUGCUCCUGAGAUAACUGAGGGUCAAGUAAUGCAAAAAGAAGAAAAUUCUCGCAAAAGCAGCGUUUCAAGCAUCGCCCCCGGACCCGAUACGGAACAGAAAGCAAACGUGGAAAGGAUUCACAUGUUCCUCAAAAGAGCAGAUCGCAUAUUUGCUGUAGUGCAGUUCAAAAAUUGUGAUACUCUUGAGGUUCUUGCUACUCAGAUAGUUCAACACUAUGAACCUUUAGUAAGUUUUUCUUCUUUAAAGCCUCGCUUUUAA